AUGCAACAAGUCAUGUGUACUUAAUAUUAUCAGAAUUUACUUAUUUAAACAUUUUCUACAAUUUUACCAUUAGAAAAACAAAUAAACAAGAUUCUUAUAGAUACAUAUGUGAACUUAGUUCUACAGAAUAGCAGUGAAUAUAAUAAUAUAAAUGACUAAACUACGAAUGAUUUGUCACUAAUAAUUCUUUUUGUAAUUUCAGGUGAAAGUAAUAAAGGAUAAUUGGAAUAAAUUGUGCAUACAAAAAUAGUAAAAGCUGUUCUCCAAACAAAAAUAAAAGAAGCAAAGCAUCAUAGAUCAUAUAAAACUUAAGCAUUGCUGUGGUUCAGAAGGGCUCUAUGUGCUCCACAUCAGCUUCAGCAAAUGGUACUUUAGUUUUCAAGAAUAUUGUAUCAGAACAUCAAAGGAGAAUUUCAUCUGCAAAUUAUAAACUUGAUACACGACAGAGACAACAUGCGCAACGAAAUUACUGCAGCAGUACUAUUCUUAGUACAGCUGAUAGAAAAAAACGAAAAAUUUAGUCCUGAUCAAUUGGAAUGUUUUAAACGACGUUUGGUGGAAUUGUUGACGGAACGUUUUAAAAAUCAUUGGUUUCCUGACAAGCCAUUCAAAGGUCAAGGUUAUCGUUGUAUUCGUGUAAAUGGUCAUAAUCGGAGGGAUGCAACUUUGGAAAGUGCUGCAAAUGCUGCUGGAGUGAAAUAUGAAGAUCUAUCAUUACCAGUGGAAUUAACACUUUGGGUUGACCCUAAUGAAGUUUGUUGCCGUUUUGGAGAGAGCAAAGGAUCAUAUUGUACAUUGGCAUCAUUUGAUGAUAAAGAAAAUACUCUACCAAUUUUUCAAGGAAAUCAUGAAGGAUUAGAAAAGGAAAAUAAACAAUCUGAGGGGCCGACUAAGAAAUCCUCUUUGAUUAUUAAUGCAGAUCAGCAACAAAAAUCAAAACCACUAAGCUCUGCUAAUCAAAAUCAACAGCAUAGCAAUAACGGUACAGGUAGGAAACGCAAUCUAAACAGUCCAAGGUUGCAUUUAAAUAGAAAUCGUUCAUGGUUUGGCCACUCCUUUAUGGGCUAUGGUCCUCAUCCAAUAAGUCAACCAUGGUAUAACAUUAUGCCUCCUCACUUUUUGGGUGGUCCAUCUCCACCUCCUUUCAUGGGUCACAGAGGAAACAAGUGGAUUCAUCCACCAUCCUAUCCAACAGGACCUGCCCGGUUCCAUCACUGGUCUCCCAAAGCUGCUCUUAAAGUAUAAAAAAAUCCCUCCUUAUGAAAGUAGUUAAAAAAUCUGUUCCUUUAUAUAAAAAAAAAAUUACAUUUUUUUAUUAAUUAAAAAAUUUUAUGUUUUGAUGUAAAAGUACAUGACAUAAUAAUAUUAACAAUGUAUUUCUAUAUUAUUAAGACUAUUAUUUACAUUUAAAUAUUAAUGUCUUUAUAUUAGGAACAGGUUUAUUAACAUUUCUGACGAAAAUUCUCCAUUCUGUAAUUACAAAUGACCUUGUUCGAGUUACGACUAAGGCUUACGAUUUUUUAUGAUGAGAAAUGUUGCAUUAUUACAUGUUAUAUAUAAAUAAUUAAUUGGAUGAUAGAUGUUUAAUUCCGGAUGCAAGGUUGCUUGUAAAAUAUUAGAUUAG